AUGCCACGCGUUGCUGCCAAGGCUCAAAAGAAGAAGCCAGUGUGCGACACAAAGCCCGCGCUCGAGGAGGGAGUCUCCUUUGACGACGUCCACACAUGGAGGACACCGCCACAGGGCCUCCCCGUGUCCGGCAGGAAGGCCGAGCUCGUUCAGCGCGUGAUCGACCACCUCGACUCCGACUCCGACUCUGGCUCGCCCAAAGAAGAUGACAGUGAAAAUGAAGAAGACGAGGAGGGCGAUGAGAGGGGAAAGGAAGAGCAAAAGAAGAAGGCCAGGAUAAAGCAGCCGGCCAACGCCAAGCGUUCUUCGAAGAAGCAGCAGGAGAGCGAAGACGAAGCUAGCGACACAGAUGGGACAGUGGAAGCAAGCGGAGACGAUGACGAGGAGGAUGAAGAAAGCGACGGUGAAGAGUCAGAAGAAGAAGAAGAAGAAGCGGACCAGGAGUCCUCCGAAGAGGAGUACGACUUUGAGCCGUACAAAGUCAACCCCGGAUUCCAAAAGCUUCUGAUGCGCAUUGGCGGCGUCUGCGAGUCCGUGGCCGACCCUCUCCCGAUGAGACUCAUCGAUCAAUUCGAGCAGCAGCUACGCACCAACUUGGGAAAGCAUGUCCGCCUGCCGAACGAUCUGCGGCAGCUGUACCGCUUCUGCAAUGGGCUCCAAAACGAAGAGGACAACUUCACCGUGUGCCCGCUCGUUGACGUCGGCGACGGUCGAGGAGGGCCGAUGACGCACGCGGACAUCUUCGGACCCGGCCACUGCGGGUGGCUGGACAUGGCCGAGGACCCGGCGUGGAUCCCCUUCGCCACCGGCUCGAUGGAGGAGGAGCACGAGAUCUUCAUGGUCAACGCCAACCUCGACUCCGAGAGCUACGGCCAUGUGAUGUUGCUCAUCCGGGACUGCUUCGACGAUGGCGAACGCGUUGAAGCCCGCAGCAUCUACAGCAUGAUGUCCAAGCGCUGGCGAAACCAUGCGUUCAGCAGCGACUCGCCUGAGGCUGGCCAACAGCAGGGUGGAUAUGGAAGGAAGGCGGCCCGAUGA